AUGAUGUCCAUGAACAGCAAACAGGCGUUCAGCAUGCACCCCAUCCUGCACGAGCCCAAGUACACCCACCUCCACUCCAGCUCCGAGGCCAUCCGGAGGGCUUGUUUGCCUGCCCCGCAGGUAAGGAACGGGUUCUACGGAAAGGGGAUGGAGGUGGGGGAGAGAGGAAAGUGAUGGUGGGAGCUAGUAUUUCUGUGAAAGGAUGUCGGUACCUGGAUUCCUUGCUUCCUUUCUCCACCCCUGUGACCCACUCAGUUGGACCGGUUCCUUCUGACCCCCUAGACGGGAGCCUCUGCGAAGGUGCAGAUCAAAUUUCCAAGUCGGGGGUGCAGGAAGAGGGAAGAGAGGGGCGCGGGACAUUUGGGGUGAUGGGUGAGCCCGAAAGAUAACUCGGGCAAAGUCUGGAAAGUCUGGAAAGAGGAAGGAGAUCCGACGGCACUGUCCCGGCCCUUCCUGUUUACCCAAGCCCAGUCCUCUCAAAAGUUGCGUGGCACAAAUGAGGAGGGGAGACACGUGGAGGUAGGAAACGGUAUACUUUCGGGAAAGAAGGGGGGGCAGGAAAGGUUCAUUUGAUAUAUCCCAGCAGCAAGGCGACCCAGCUAGGGUCGGAGGUGGUGGAUAGGUGCCUGCUUUCCUUCUCUGGUUGCGUGCCUCUCUCUGAGCUCUGUCCAUCUCUCUCCCCACCCCCUCGCAGCUGCAAAGUAACUUCUUCGCCGGCCUGGACGAGACUUUGCUGCGCGGGGCCGAGGCCCUGGCGGCGGUGGACAUUGUCUCGCAGAAGAGCCACCCCUUCAAGCCGGACGCCACUUACCACACCAUGAGCAGCGUCUCGGUCUCCUGCACGCCCACCUCGUCGUCGGUGCACCUGCACCACCCGUCGGUGCUGAGCGGCCACUCGCACCACGCUCACCAUCACCACCAUCACCACCAGCCUGCUCAGGGCCUGGAUGGCGAGCUGCUGGAGCACCUCAACUCAGCCCUGCCGCUACCGGACGUGGGGGCAGCGCCCGCGCACCCCCACCCGCACGCCCACCUGCCGGCCCUCAAUGCCAUGGGCCACCCAGCGCACGGCCAGCCGCCCAUGGGCAUGGGCCACCACCCGCCCCACGGCCUGGCAUCGCACACUGUCUUGGCUGGCCCGGAGACAGAGACGGACCCGCGGGAGCUGGAGUCCUUCGCCGAGCGCUUCAAGCAGCGGCGCAUCAAGCUGGGCGUGACGCAGGCCGACGUGGGCUCCGCGUUGGCCAACCUCAAGAUCCCCGGCGUCGGAUGCCUCAGCCAGAGCACCAUCUGCCGCUUCGAGUCGCUCACCCUCUCGCACAACAACAUGGUGGCCCUCAAGCCCAUCCUGGAAGCCUGGCUGGAGGAGGCGGAGCGGGCCCAGCGCGAGAAGAUGGCCAAGCCCGAGGUGUACUCGACGGGAGACAAGAAGCGCAAGCGCACCUCCAUCGCGGCGCCGGAGAAGCGCUCGCUGGAGGCCUACUUCGCCGUCCAGCCACGGCCUUCGUCGGAGAAGAUCGCCGCCAUCGCCGAGAAGCUGGAUCUGAAGAAGAACGUGGUGAGGGUCUGGUUUUGCAAUCAAAGGCAGAAGCAGAAGCGCAUGAAAUUCUCCGCCGCUUAUUGA